GUUGAUGACCCAAAGUUGAUUGCCUUCGGUUUCCAACAAGGUAUAUAUAAAAUAUUCAUAGAUAACACAAGGCAUCAUUUUCAGUCCUUCUGUCGGUUGAGAAUCUUUAGUUUUUCUUUUGUGGAUGUACGCGGAAUGUCUAUAAUAUGGUCUACUUAAACAUACUUCCACUCUUGGCUUGCUUAGUGCUAUGCAGAGGAGAAGCCAAAUAUAGCGACCAAAGAUUUGCCAGACAAAUUAAUUUUGGCAACGAUGGGUAUUCCUACAAACCCCCGCAGCCUCAAGGGUACAACUACCCUGUGCCAUCAAAUCCUUUAAUAAUUAAAAAAGUUUCCACUUUGCCACCUCCUACCACUACUCGUCUCCCUCCACCACCGCAACCUCAAGGGUACAAUUACCCAAAACCGAGUAAGCCCUUUCCACCAGUAGUAAUCCCACAACCCCAGGCGCCUAUUCCCAAGAAAGUGUUCAUACCAAAGCAAACAGUGCCUUUGACCACUAAAGCACCUGCAACUCCGGGUUACGUAUACCCCAAACCCACUCCACCACCAACCCAAGGUUACACAUAUCCUAAACCUACUACAAAACCACCUCAAGUAGGUUACCAGUACCCUAAACCACCAAAGCCUCUUGUAUACGUAGCUAAGCCUUCUACUACGACUAAAAGACCAACCCCACCUUCAACCACCAGAUUACCAGCUACAUAUUUGCCUCCUGUGAUUUUUAAGGAAGUUACUACUACAACCACACGUAGGCCCACUACAACCACUACAACUCGCAGGCCCACUACAACCACUACAACACGCAGACCAACCACUACACCCAAGCAAAUAGGGUAUCAAUACCCAGUUCCUAAGACCCCAUUACCUUAUCCUUCCAAACCUGAAAUAGUGGUAUACAAACCUUCCACAACAACAAAGAGGCCUAGCCCACCUUCGACCACUAGGCCACCAGCAACCUAUUUGCCCCCCAUAGUUAUUAAAGUUCCUUCGACCACACCUAAGCCCAUAACAACCACUACCCGUAGGCCAACCACUACUACACCAAGACCUACUACGAAAAUCGUCUACACCAAACCACCUGCAACCUAUUUACCUCCACAAACUACAAAAAAAGUCAUUUACACCACCACUCCUCGAGCCCCAACUUUUAAAGUGUAUUCACCACCUCCACCCACCUAUUUGCCACCCAAGACAACUAAAACCACAACUACCCCACGGCCAACAGUUAAAAUCAUUACAAAACCGCCUCCAACCUACCUGCCUCCCGUGCCCAAGAUUGUUACGACUACAACAACUAAAAGACCGACUACUACCACCCCAAGGCCCACAACCACUACGAAAAGGCCGACAACUACAACCAGGCCGCCAGCAACCUAUUUGCCUCCAGUCAAGGUCACCACCACAAGAAGACCCGUCACCACCACCACAAGACCACCCACAACGAGGGUGUAUACUCCACCACCAACUUACUUGCCCCCUAUUGUAACCAAGAAGAUACCACCACCACCACCGCCACCAACGACAACCAGAGCAACUAGGCCCCCAGUGAGUUAUUUGCCUCCGGUGACCACCACUACAAGCAAACCGCCAACGCCACCAAAGGUUUACACCACUGUGAAAUACGUGCCGCCUACGACCCCGAAGACCGUUUACUCCACACCUGGAAAGAAGUAUUUGCCUCCAAGUAACCAGUAUAGUUUCCCACAAAGUGUCAUCAUCGCCAAUUAGGAUCGUUUUGAAUCUGUGUUUUUUUUUUAUUAAUAAAGAUUUGUUGAUGUAUAUUAAGUAAA